GCCUCCCCCGCCCCUCUGCCCAUUCGGCCUCGGGUUCCUGUGAAUCCCCGCGCCCCGGCUACCCUGUGGACUCUGGCUGCCUGGUCUCCAGCCCUACCUGAUUUACACCACUGAGAGCGGGAUCUCGAGAUGGCUGCCCAAUGCGUUACGAAGGUGGAGCUGAAUGUCUCCUGUGACAAUCUUUUGGAUAUGGAUGUAGGGUCGAAGUCGGACCCUUUAUGUGUGUUAUUUUUGAAUACGAGCGGUCAACAGUGGUAUGAGGUUGAUCGCACAGAAAGGAUUAAGAAUUGUUUGAAUCCCACAUUUUCCAAGACAUUUAUUAUUGAUUACUACUUUGAAGUGGUUCAGAAAUUGAAAUUUGGGAUUUAUGACAUUGACAACAAAACCAUCCAGCUGAAUGAUGAUGACUUCUUAGGAGAAUUUGAAUGUACCCUUGGACAAAUUGUUUCCAGUAAGAAGCUAACUCGACCCCUGGUGCUUAAAAAUGGCAGACCUGCGGGGAAAGGGAACAUUACGAUUUCAGCUGAAGAAAUAAAGGAUAACAGAGUGGUCUUGUUUGAAAUGGAGGCAAGAAAACUCGACAAUAAGGAUCUAUUUGGAAAGUCAGAUCCAUACCUGGAAUUCCACAAGCAGACAUCUGAUGGAAACUGGCUAAUGGUUCAUCGAACAGAGGUUAUUAAAAAUAACUUGAAUCCUGUUUGGAGACCUUUUAAAAUCUCUCUGAACUCCCUGUGCUAUGGAGAUAUGGACAAAACGAUCAAGGUAGAGUGCUAUGAUUAUGAUAAUGAUGGGUCACAUGAUCUCAUUGGAACAUUUCAAACCACCAUGACAAAACUGAAAGAAGCCUCCAGAAAUUCACCUGUGGAAUUUGAAUGCAUAAAUGAAAAAAAGAGGCAAAAGAAGAAAAGCUACAAGAAUUCAGGCGUUAUCAGUGUGAAACAGUGUGAGAUUACAGUGGAAUGCACAUUCCUUGACUAUAUCAUGGGAGGAUGUCAGCUGAAUUUUACUGUGGGUGUGGACUUCACUGGCUCUAAUGGUGACCCAAGGUCUCCUGACUCCCUUCAUUACAUCAGCCCCAAUGGUGUUAAUGAGUAUUUGACUGCUAUCUGGUCUGUGGGACUGGUCAUUCAAGAUUAUGAUACUGAUAAAAUGUUUCCAGCUUUUGGUUUUGGAGCUCAGAUACCUCCUCAGUGGCAGGUUUCACAUGAAUUUCCAAUGAACUUUAAUCCAUCCAAUCCCUUCUGCAACGGAAUCCAAGGCAUUAUAGAAGCAUAUCGGGCCUGCCUUCCUCAGAUAAAACUCUACGGACCAACUAAUUUUUCUCCAAUCAUAAACCAUGUGGCCAGGUUUGCUGCUGCAGCUACCCAACAACAGACAGCUUCUCAAUAUUAUGUGCUCUUAAUCAUUACUGAUGGUGUGAUAACAGACCUUGAUGAGACCAGACAAGCUAUAGUUAAUGCUGCCAAGCUUCCUAUGUCCAUCAUCAUUGUUGGAGUAGGAGGUGCUGACUUCAGUGCCAUGGAGUUUCUGGAUGGUGAUGGUGGAAGUCUCCGCUCCCCAUCAGGCGAGGUAGCCAUCCGAGAUAUUGUCCAGUUUGUGCCUUUCAGACAGUUCCAGAACGCUCCAAAAGAAGCGCUCUCUCAGUGUGUCUUGGCAGAGAUCCCCCAGCAGGUGGUGGGCUACUUCAACACAUAUAAACUCCUUCCUCCCAAGAACCCAGCUAAGAAAUGAAAGGAGCUAUGGCCGCCUGAGCAGAAUUCUUUUGUGCUAUAUGGAGCAAUGGAUUCCUCUCCUACCCUGAAUCAUGAAUCUGUUAUUUUACAUGCUUUUCAUCCCCAGCAUUUAUGAUAUAGACCUAGUUCUCUAUGGGUUAUAUCUAUUUAAAGCAUUCUUUAUACUUUUUUUUUUUUGGAGGGAAGUGCUAAGUUAAUCUUUGCUCAAUCAAUGCAGUGAUUGCUAGUGACUUACAGUGAUGCUCUGGGGAUUAGAAACUCAUGUGAGAAAAGUUGAUUUGGAGGUUAUGGUUGUUUACUUUCACAUGGUGAAAAUACUGUUUUUGAAUGUUUAUCAAUAGAAAGAAUGAAAAAUUGCUGGGUUGUGAUUUAUAGGUUGCUGUACUUUGCUCUAGGCAAUAUGUUUUACAAACCAAUGUAACCAUACCUGAUGACAAGAACUUCUUAAAUUAGAUGAUAUUGAAUUUGUUCCUAUAACCAUAUCCAGUGCUUUUCCGGGGGAUAAAACUACGUUCACUUUUGCCUGAAUUUUGCUGCAGUUUAGACAAUGCAGUUUACAAAACAGUAUGCAUUCACUUAGGACUUCUUUAAAAAUACUGGAUAAGAAGGGAAGGCAUAUAUCCAAUUCUUAAAAUAUACAAUCAACAAGUAAAAGGAACCUCAUGUAAGUAAGCCAUUUUUAUUUGCCUUCCUGGAUUUUUUAUUUUCAUUGUAGAAUACUGUAAACAUGGUCAGAUUUGACCUUUUCAUUUACUGUAUGUGACAUUCAGAAUUCUUUGUCUGCGUAGAUGAUAGGUUGUCCUAGAUUCAACAUUAUGAGGGUAUUUUAAUUGGAGUUUGCUAAAAUGGUUAGUACUGCUUUGUCCAGAAAAGCUAGGAGGACCAAAUAUGUAAGGGGAAAAUCAGAAUUCCAUUUCCUUUUAACUAAUGAAAAGCUUAUAAAAAAAAAGACAGUUUUUAUAUUUUCCUUGCUAACCUCUCACACAUUGAUUUGUAUAUUUGUGCGGAUUCAUUUAGACAUUUUCUCCCUUUUUUUAGUAACAUUUUUAGUCUGAUUUUUAAACUCAUGAUAGUGGUUAUGUAUUAAUCAAAAUCAAAUUUUGCUUUGUAAUUAUGUGAUUUCCUAAGCCCAAAAUGUAUUAAGCCUAAAACCUGUUAUAACUUAAAAAAAAAAAAUUCCCACUGCUGCAUUAGGAUAGAGUGGACUUUACAUCCUUUUUUUUUUUAGAGUAGAAUUUUUUUCCUGAUUUUUACCCUUUAGAACAUAUUACUUAACAAAUAUGACAUUUUCAGAAUAGAUUCAGUAACAUUUUAUUGAAGAACCUGUGUGCCAAGUACUAUGCAUAUUCGUAUGUUGGCCAAUCAUCUCUAACAAUUUAAUGUUAAAAGUUGUGUGUUCAUCCUAUAUCCUUAAAUGGAUGCACCAGUGCCUUGCUGACAUGCCUUUCAGUCUUACUGAAAAGUUGUACCACAGCUCAUAUCGCUUAUUCUCUGAAAUGUCUAAAGGAGAUGAGCUCUCAGCCAUGAAGAACUUUGGGUUCUCAGAAACAGCUUGUUGCCAAGGUCAGGCUAAAGAGGAGACCUGCUUGCUGUUGUGGUUGCCUAGCUCAUGUGAGCAGUUCCCACUUUCCCACUUAGCUAGCUCGCCUCUGCAUAUGUGCUAUUAACCUGAAGGUACCUAACUAGUAGUCUGUUACCCUAUGGCAUAUCUCAGUUGACAAGUCAUUUUAACAUUAGUUAAGUGAGAAGAAAACUGAUAAUACUUCUAGUAGUUUGGAGCCUUUUUGUCUCGUAUGUCCUGAUUUCAAUUCUCUUUGUGUGCUUAGAAACAGCAUAUAUAUAUAUUGCUGUGGUUUUCAGGAUUUUUUUUAAACAAAUUGAAGCCUUAGAAAAAAAAGGUAUACAUACCUUCUCAGUGUAUGGUAAAACAGAGAAGUAGAGCUUCUCUAGGUCCAGAGCCCUCCUCACUGGGCCGCCUCCUCCCUCUCCUUAACCAGCUCCCGGAAGCACCUGAGUCACCUGGACAGGGUCCUCGGAAACCACUGGUCAGGAACAUUCGUUGUUUUCAUUAGCCAAAUAACAGUACUGUCACCACUGUCAAAUUGAUUUGGUUUUCGUAAUUUUGUAUUCUGGUUUUAACCAGAAUCAUUCCAAUUUUUAUUUUAUUUUUCAUUACAAUUUUUAAAUUAUUUUUUUAAUUCAUUCUUGAUCAGGUUCAUCAGUAGAUGCUGUUAUUCCUAAGAACUGUGAUUCCAGCAAAUGAGGACAAUUGAUGCCUUUUUUGCACUUUUGAAUAAAAGCAUUUACAAUUUCUAAAUUACCAUUUUGUAAAAUUCUUACAAUCUCACCAUUUCACCUCAUUGCACGCUGAUUUAAUAUUGUUUUAUAUAAAAAUAGCCCUUCUCCCUAUUGUGCCACCAUUCAUUCAAGUGUCAUUAGUUUUUAAAAUGCAUUAAAAAAUAACCAGGUUCACUUUUACACCUUAUAUAAUCAGCUGUAUUACAAACACAUAUUGGGGUGACAGUGUCCUGAACAGACAUAAUAUUUCUCACAUAUGCCUUUACUGAGAAAAUAAUAUACGCAUUAGCGUGGUCAUGUCACCUUGUGCUUCAAAUUGAAAUUUUUAAGACCAUAAAAUUUCAAAGUCAGAUCAGGGAUUUAUAACUGUUUUUUUGGUAGUGCCUUAGGCAGCCUUUCCAGAGUAAAUUCUGGGCCCUAUUGCUGUUUAUGCUUAUUUGACAUAUUUUGCCUUUUUCAUUUUAUACAUUUCCUGGAAAACCAUCUUCAAUACAUUUUCCCUAGUCUCUUUAUGUGUGCAGUUGGUAGUCAUGGGAGUGACAUGUAAGGGAGGCCAGAAGUUUGGUUGAGAUUGCAGGAGACUAUUUUGUGCUUUAAUGAUGUCAUAGUUGAUAAUAAGUGUGUAAGUUACUAAUAUAUGAAUUGAUGUUAAAUAUAUCUUCCAUUUGAAUUCCCGUUGGAUAAAGUUAUUUCUUGAUAUUA